GCUAUAACCCGAGCCUGCACGCCUGCGAUUUCCGCCCAGAGAAAGGGUCGUGGGCUCCAGGUUGAGCCCAGGCGCUGUAACCGGCUCUGGCGGCCGACGCGCUUUUGAUCGUUCGCUUUUUGCCCCGCUAUCCCGGAGGAAAGGAGAAGCCAUCGCCCUCCCGCCCGGCCUCGGCGGCGCGGCGGUCCGUGAACCCAGCAGUUUACCCGACGCGGGCUGUGCCGGCGGCGGGGGGAGGCGGGCGCUGUUCCUGGAAGAGCCCGGCCGGGGAGUUGGUCACAUUCUUGGCCGGGAUUCAAUGACUGAGGCAGACACCAACAAACAGAGCGGGCAGCAGCAGGCGGAGGAGGAGGAGGCUGAGCCAGCCUGCAUUAGCUCAGCGCUCAGGCACUCUCAGUCUCCGCUGGAAAGAGGAGCUGGGAGGAUGUGCGCUCGGUUACCGCGGCUCCCCACGGCACGCCGAGAAAACCGGGAGAGAUAAGGGAAGAAAGGGCGAACAGAGAGACGAGGAAUCCUCCCGGACCGAGCUGACGGGCCACACGGAGGAAGGAGCCUGCUUAUCGCCCGUCCGAAGCCCCCGCGCCGCUUUGAAAGUGCCGGAGAUUUGGGCCUUUUCCUUUCCUUCUGCGUCGUUCCCUUCCAGAGAAGCUUUCCGCCUCCCUGUGCUUUUCCUCGCCUCCCCCUCGCCUUCCUGCCGGUGGAUAUGGACAGAAGGGUGAUCACUGCAGAGCAGCAGCAGCCGCCAGAACGUAUUUGAGCCCGUGGAGCUCGGAGCGUGGCACGGACUUUUUGUGUUGCUGUGGGUGGUGUGUGUGAGUGAGUGUGUGAGUGAGUGUGUGUGUGUGUGUGUGUGUGUAGGUGUGGGAGGCGGGAUUGCUUUGCCUGGAGGGCUGGCUGAGGUCUGAGUGCUCGGAUGAAGACCUCUUUUUGCCGUGACUCUGUGCUCCAUCGGGGCAGCUUGGAGACUUGGAUGAUUUGAGGUUGUAACGAAGCAAGAGGAAAGAAAAAACGAAGAGAGAGACACGCAUACAAAAGGAUUUAUUUCCUAUUCGUUAGUGGAUUGUUAAACCUGAGUGGGAAGGAGAAAAGAACAAGGGUGGGUUGUUUUAUUUUGUUCGAUUUUUUUUUCUUAAAAAAAAAAUCUCUUAAGUGGAUUUGUACCAGGGUGGAAGAUAACUGGGGAUUUUUGUUGUUUGUUUUGGGAAUAGAAACUAAAAAAUGGAGACUGUAAGUAGAAGCAGCUUCCAGCCUCAUCCAGGACUGCAGAAGACCUUGGAACAGUUUCAUCUGAGCUCUAUGAGCUCCCUGGGUGGCCCUGCUGCUUUCUCAGCACGAUGGGCACAGGAGAUGUACAAGAAGGACAAUGGCAAAGAUCCAGCGGAACCUGUACUGCAUCUACCCCCUAUACAGCCUCCUCCGGUGAUGCCUGGUCCCUUCUUCAUGCCCUCGGACAGAUCUACGGAGAGGUGCGAGACCAUCCUGGAAGGGGAAACCAUCUCCUGCUUCGUGGUGGGUGGAGAAAAGCGGCUUUGCUUGCCCCAGAUCCUGAACUCUGUGCUCAGGGACUUCUCCCUGCAGCAGAUUAAUUCGGUCUGUGACGAGCUACACAUUUACUGCUCCAGAUGUACUGCUGACCAGCUGGAAAUCCUCAAAGUCAUGGGCAUCCUGCCCUUCUCUGCUCCUUCCUGCGGGCUCAUCACUAAAACUGAUGCUGAGAGGCUUUGUAACGCCUUGCUUUAUGGUGGCACCUAUCCUCCCCACUGCAAGAAGGAGUUCUCUAGCACAAUUGAGCUGGAGUUUACGGAGAAGAGCUUCAAGGUGUAUCAUGAGUGCUUUGGGAAGUGUAAGGGACUCUUGGUGCCAGAGCUUUACAGUAACCCCAGCGCAGCCUGCAUCCAGUGCUUGGACUGCAGGCUUAUGUAUCCACCUCACAAAUUCGUGGUCCACUCUCACAAAUCUCUGGAAAACAGGACUUGCCACUGGGGCUUUGACUCUGCAAACUGGAGAUCCUAUAUCCUCCUCAGCCAGGAUUACACUGGGAAAGAGGAGAAAGCUAGACUGGGACAGCUCUUAGAUGAAAUGAAAGAAAAAUUUGACUAUAACAAUAAAUACAAGAGGAAAGCCCCCAGGGUCUCCUCAGAUCCUCCUGCUUCCAAAAAGCCCAAAAUAGAUGACUCUGCUUCCCAAUCUCCAGCUUCUACUGAGAAGGAAAAACAGUCCAGUUGGUUACGGUCCUUAUCCAGCUCAUCUAAUAAGAGCAUCGGCUGUGUCCAUCCCCGCCAGCGGCUCUCGGCUUUCAGGCCCUGGUCCCCAGCUGUGUCGGCAAAUGAGAAGGAUCUCUCAACCCACCUUCCUGCCUUGAUCCGGGACAGUUUCUACUCCUACAAGAGCUUCGAGAAUGCCGUGGCCCCCAACGUGGCGCUUGCACCCCCGGCGCAGCAGAAGGUGGUGAGCAACGCGCCCUGUGCCACAGCCGUGCCGCGCAGCACCGAGCCCGGCAGCACAGCCCCGCCGCGCAGGAGGAGGCCCGCAGCCGACAGCACAGCCCUGCCCGAGGCAGCAGCCACCACGGCAGCCCCGGCCCCUGCCCCUGCCCCUGAGGAGGACAAGGAAUCAGAAGCAGAAAUCGAAGUGGAAACCAGGGAAGAAUUCACCUCCUCCUUAUCGUCGCUCUCCUCCCCAUCCUUCACCUCAUCCAGCUCUGCAAAGGACAUGAGCUCCCCUGGGAUGCAGGCCCCAGUGGCAGUCAGCAGUUCGUACGAAGUUCCAACACAUUCCGACUCUCACAGCAGCGGGCUGGAAGCGGAGCUGGAGCACCUAAGGCAGGCCCUGGACAGUGGCCUGGAUACGAAAGAAGCCAAAGAAAAAUUCCUCCAUGAAGUUGUUAAAAUGAGAGUGAAGCAGGAAGAGAAGCUGAACGCGGCCUUGCAAGCCAAACGCAGUCUGCAUCAGGAGCUGGAGUUCCUACGGGUGGCAAAGAAAGAGAAACUGAGAGAAGCAACAGAGGCGAAGCGCAACUUAAGGAAAGAGAUUGAACGUCUGCGAGCUGAGAAUGAGAAGAAAAUGAAGGAAGCGAAUGAGUCUCGGAUACGACUGAAGAGGGAACUGGAACAAGCCAGGCAGAUCCGGGUGUGCGACAAGGGCUGUGAAGCCGGCAGGCUCCGUGCCAAGUACUCGGCCCAGAUCGAGGACCUGCAGGUCAAGCUCCAGCAUGCAGAGGCCGACAGGGAGCAGCUCCGGGCUGACCUGAUGCAUGAAAGGGAGGCUCGGGAACACUUGGAAAAAGUAGUCAAGGAACUUCAGGAACAACUGUGGCCUAAACCAAGCAGUCAACCCCCCAGCAGUGAAAACACAGCAAGCGCCCUUGAGAACUGACCCACCCCUCUAGCCCACCAGAGCUGCACAGUAAGAGAGGGGACGUGGGGACGUGUGUAAGUGCAUGUGUGAGUAGUUGUGUCGUGGCACACAGGGCUCUGAAUAUGGAUUCGUACUAGUUGGAAGGCACAUGUUACUCUCUCUAACUGAAGCACUGAAUGAUGCCUCUUUUUUUCCCCGAUCCAUAUAGCACAACAUCUUACUGUGCCUAGAAAACACAAAGUGUUUAUAAACAAAAUACUUUGGAGUCCACAGCAAAUUUUCUACUGGCAAACUCCAAGCAAACAGUGUCGUCCAGCUCAAAUCAGCGCAGGCAAGUGGGGCAGGGGUUUUAUGUUGCCCUGUUGCCUGUUGGAACGUUUUGAAAUUCAAAAAACAAACAAACUUUUCUUAUAAGCUAUUUAAAAUAAUUCAUUACACAGACUUGGUAUUAAAAAAUUAAUGAGAUUUUUAUAAUGAACCUUUCAAAGCAAAACAAAAAACAACCUUCGAUGCACAAUUUUUAAUGACUUGUUAUAGAUUUGGGGAUUCUCAAUGCAGAAGCCCUCUGGUGAUGAUGCCAUUUCAUUAGCAGUUUUCCAGCCACCUCGGAAGCCAUCAGUUUAAUCCCAUCACGGAUAUAUGACAAUUUCGGAGUGCUUUGAUUUUUAACUUAGAAAGAAUUCUCUUCGUUUACUGUCCUGAACACAAGAAGCAAGGGAGAUGCAGGACUGGAAAGAGGGAGGGGGAUGAGAAGAGUACACGCGAUACUUACAAGCCCAGCCUUACAGACUUCAGUGUUUGACAUCACACCAUCGUUUCUAAAGACAUCCUCACUACUCGGUGUGUUCAAAGGACUCACUUCAUCCAAGAGCACUUCAGCUUAUGGAAAAGAAAGAAGGAAAUGGAUAAUCCGUUAAGUAAGUCAGUUGAGAAAUAAAACAAAAGAUGAAUGUGUUUUGAAGCCAUUCUGAAAUCUUAACGUCAGUUUUCUGGAAAACUCACCUUUGUUGCACCAUCUUCCCAUAAAUUCAGUAUUUACCUGCUUUUUACUAUGAACUGUCAGUCUAGAGUUCUGUGCCCAAGGGGAGUGCAACAUCGCGUUAAUCAGAUACUACAGACAAGAAAACAUGUUUGCUGCUGUGAAUAAGCCUACAUCAUUGAAAAAACAAAACUUUUUUGUUUUUAAAAAGAGAAAUUACUUUAAUUUUGGGAUCCCAGCCGCAGCCCCAGGGUCCGGGUGCAGGCUGCAGGCACCGCGGCUCGCUGGGGGGGGUGGUGGUCGGUUUUUAGUUGGUUUUUCGUUAAACUGCACUUUGUCAGGAUCUUACUCUGCGUUUUAUUCCACAUUUCUCAAGUUUACAAGCUGAGCAGUCCAGGCUCUGCCCCACUGGGCAGGCGUGGGAAUCAUCAGCCCAGUUUUCCACCAGCUGCCACCUCGCACCAUCGCCCACAGGAGCAUCCCCUGGGGUGGAAUCCUGCCCACAUGACUUCCCCAGCGGGGUCUGAGUCCCGCUGAGCUCGGGAGGCAGCUCCCAGAAGAGCUGAACAAAGAACGUUGGUGCUUUACUGAACAAGAGAAAGUUCUUUUCACCCCUAAACACUCACCUGUCACACUCAAGCUCAUCAGCGGAACGUGAACAAAUUGAUCUGGGGCUGCAGAUGUGCCUUCCAGCUCGUUUUAACUCUCAGCAUCUUCCAGAGGCAACGCUGACACUCUGGUGACCUUACAGAAUAAAAGGAAAAAAAAUGAAGAAAAGCCCCCCCAAUGGGUCAUCCUCCCCAGAAGUUACUCAAAACAAAGAACCAUUCUUUCCAGUAACCUUCAUUUGCUUUUGGACAUUACUGCAAACUCUGUAAGCUUACAAAUUAUUUCUCAGUAGACAGAAAGCGGCUUCCAAUCCUGAAAUUAUCCUAUUUACUUACAGUACAUUAGAGAGAUUAUUUUCUUUCCUAAACAAGAGCUGUUUGCUUGAAACCAUUAUAAUAACCAUUAUAAUAACUGUGAGCAUUAACAAAGAAGUUCAUAUAUAUGUUUUAGGUACAAAAAAAAGAAGAAAUAUGAAAGGAGUAGAAUUACUGGGACAAUGUAAAACUGUUGGGAGCAAGAAGCAGUUCCACCAAGUAAAUGACGGCAAACUGUCCGUUGCUCUGGGGCUCUGCCCUCGUGCGUUUGGGAUGCCGGAGACUGAGGCUAGUGCAGAUCUCCCCCUCUAAAGUGCAAUGCAAAAGGAAUUUUGAUUAUGCUUAAGCAGGUGUAUUGGUUUUUUUUUUAUGUGUUUUGUUGUUUUGGGGUUUUUUUCUUUGUAUGUUUUUUUUCUGCGAUAUUAAAUCAUAUGCAUGGAAUUAAAGUCUCUGCCAUAAGUAUAUUCAUUAAUGGGCAUUAUUACUGUCUUAUGUAAAGGGUUUAUUUUGUUAUGCAGUAUGCAUAAAAAUGUUCUCAGCCUUA